ACACACACACACACACACACACACACACACACACACACACACACCACCCCCCCAGCUCCCAGCAUUGUUAGGAAACUAUGAAAACAAACCCAUCUGACUGACAAACAAUUCAACUUGGGGUCAUUUCUUUCCACUUCCUAUAAGGCCACGCCACAGCCAAAGGUAGAACAGGAAAUGAGUAAGCCAGAGUACUUUGUGCUUCUGUUUUUGGAAGUUUAAACAUUCGACUCAAUUGCUGCUUAAUUUCAAGUGUACAACGAGCAGCACUCUGUGGACUCAGUUUGAGUUUAAUCUGUCAUUGACUUUGCUACUUCUCAGACUUUGGAAUGAUAAUUUGGCCAGUAGCACGUCUGCUGAUCCUCCCUGUAGCACACUUGAAAGGCUACUGCAGUACCAAGUGCCCAUUUAUCCUCUAAUACGGUCAUUAUCUAAGUGUGUGUGUGUGUGUGUGUGUGGAUUCGCCCUCGAGUUCAAAGCUCUACGAUGUGACUAAAAAGAUGUGUGACCAACUCAGUCACGUCUUAUUUUCCUUCCCGUUCCUAAAAGCCGUAACUUUGAUAUGGAGUAAACAAAAACAUCUUUAAAGUUAAAGGGACAGUUCUCAGUAAAACCCUAUUUACAUAUUUUGCUCCCAGCCUCUAGUGCUGUUUACCCAUGCACAUUGUUUUGGUGCGAGUCGCCCGGUUCUGGAGAUGCCUGCCUCUCUUGAACAUAAUGAAUCUCGAUGGAACUCGCCUUGCGGUGCUCAGAGUGCCAGAAAUGCAUCUGAAAAAUGUAGCAGUAGUGUCGCUCCAGAAAUCAUGGCUGAUGACUCAAGAAAACACAAAACAAACCAUCAUAUGAGCAGUUUAUUGUAGAAACAGUUUCCACUCGGAUACACCCGCCAACCGUAUCGCUGUGCAGACAGCUUGAGAUGGAGAGCCUUGGGAUUGACGGGAUGUAAACACUGAUGAUUCACCCAUCAGCUGAGCUGUAAUAUCAGUCAGCUGAGUGCUUUCUGUGCUUGAUGGAUGGAGUUGAGUGGAAACACAGUAGUUCCUACAUAAACGUCUCACAACAAGGUUUGCAGACUGUUAGCUGUCAAUUAAGCGGCGCCCUCGGGAGCUCGGCAGUGAAGGUAAAACUGCAGAACCACUAGGAGCCACUCGAGGCUGGCUCCAAAAGGGCGUCGACCCCCCACCAACUCUGAUCCUAAACGUUACAGCAGAGAGAGCCUGGUACAAAAUACAGUUUGGCCUCUAUCAGUAGUUUUGGCUCUGCUGCUGCGGGUAAGUCUAAAUUUUAGGGUUUUUUUAGUUUCAUAGUAUUUUACAGCUCAUUUAAAUGGAUAAUUGAGUUGGUCAAAGUUCAGCAUCUGCUAGACUUCAUCCAAUAAUUUGAAUCAUUAAACUGUGUUUGCACUGUUGGACCACUUUUAAUGGACCAUCUGACCAACAUUAUUACUCUGUGUGGCAUAAACUAUCCAAGACAUUAGGGCUUCAGUGUUGGUGAGUGAAAUUCAGUUUUUAUUAUCACUAACACAACUUCUGCUUCAGAAAAUAAACGUGGGGUGGCUAAAACACUGGAUCCUCACACCACAGCAAAAGCAAGAUUUGAAUACCCCAAGAAUUAUGUGAACCGCUGUGAGCAACCACUUGGUGACGGUGGGAAGUAAAAACCCAACAGGAAGAAACAUCCAGCAGAACCAGGCUCGAGGAGAGGCGUCCAUCUGCUGCAACCACAAGGGGGUGGGAGGAAAGGGCGAAAGGCACAAUGUGGUUUAGAGAGACCGUUUAGUGAACACUGAAGAUAUCUGAUAACUAAGGGUCACCUGAUCGAGCCCAAAACUAAAAUGCUUUGAGUUAAAAGUGGAGAGAGUCCGCCUUCUGAAUCCAAGCUGGCAGCUGGUUGCAUAGGAGUGAGGCCUGAAAGCUGGAGGUCUGCCUCCCAUUCUGACAACCACAAGGAAGCCAGCAGUCUGACUGCAAAGCGCUCUGCUGGGCUGAUGUGGUAAAGUGUAAGAUAGGACUGCUGCAUUACUCAUUUUAACGGUCCUUCAGAUAUUUUCAUUUCAAAUAUCAUAAAGUCACCAAAACUGAAAGUGAAGGAUAAUUUACUCAUUUGUUAUUGUGUGACUCCAGAGGCCUGUGAAAGGAGCAGCAGAGGCAGCACGUGGAGUAAAUGUGCAAAAACAAAUCUGUAACUUGGUCUAAGCUUCGAUGUUAGAAAAAGAAACACAUUUUAAGACCUUUUGCCAAAAUGUUUCUGUAGAAUGAGCCCUUUGAGGUUUUUGUUGCUUGAAGCCUGACAGCAAAGUGCCAUGUAGCUCAGCUGUAUUAAAGGAAACAGCAGCCGUCUCUGUUUCUCAAAAACUGGGAAACUCACACCAAAUGAUGUCGAUGCACGUGUGAGGCUACAGGCCAGGAUGAAAAUAUGUAAAUGUGAUUUUGAGGUGUGCGGCCCCUUUAAAUGAUUAAUUUCUGUUGCUGCCUGAGAGGUAAAAGUAUCUCCGGGGGGAAGGAGGUGUGAGGGAAUUUAAGUUUGCUUAUUUUCUCAUUUGCAGUGUGGGAGUCUCGCUUAAACACUUUCUGAAAAUGAAAAUUUCCAAAUGACAGUCACGACGUGAUUAUCAGCGGAUGUGAAUGAGGGCUCUGAUACAUUUUGGUGAGGCUUCCAUUGGGGCAUAAUUAUCAUUUUUACAUAAUGAAGUGACUACAAAGGAGCCGGCCUGCAUCCUAAGAAGGGAGCCGAAACGACGAGGCAUACAGAGGAACCAUUACUCUUUCCGCUCGUGUUCGAGCCCAGAUUACCGAGUUGUGAUUUGCGCUAUAGACUCGCACCCGAACUAAACGCAGCUGAGCUGAGAUGCUGUGGCGUCGCACUUCUCUCUGCGAUCAAAAAUGACAAAAGGGAUGAUUUCCCUGCUCGGCUGCGUACAAACGCGAGGAAGGACGAACCGAGCAGCAUUUUCACGGUCCAUCCCUGCAAGGAUACAGGCAGUUAGUUUUGGCACAAGACUGCGAAAACCUGGCCGCAUGUCAAUGCGGGCACAAACACCCUAAUGUUUGAGUUGUGGGUGGUGCAACAAAACAAACCAAAGGGCAUUGUGUUCAAACAACAGGCAACGCUCUGCCCUCGUACAACAACACAGCCGUAUUUUUAGAUUUUCUUUUAUCAUCCAUGCCAGAAUAAAAUGCCUUUCAGGCCUAAUGAGUGAGAAAGGGACUGGGCCUGGAGUCAAAGGAUUAGUGGCACUGAAGAAAAAACUGCAAAAUGAAUCAACGGCCUAUUUCUGUGAUGAUAGCAUUUAUUGUGUCAUUUUAAAGAAAACCAGCGGAGGAAACGUGUGUUUGCUGCAGGUUUGUUGUCCCCGCAGCAGAGCUUACGGACGGCAGAUAAGAUAGUUUGUCGUGUUUUGAUUUGGACACAACAUUAUCUGUGGGGCUUUGUCGUCUCAAGGCCAACAUCCCACUGUAACAACUGCUUCCACGCUUUCUUAAUCUUAUUACAGUGCGCGCACGCUCGUAAAAGAGGAGCCUCUUUUAGGCGAGGCCUUUGCUGACCUUUUGAGCACUUGCAAUUUUUUUCUCGCCACCAAUCUCAUGUAGGUUAGCUGGCAGAGCAGAGCCGAGCGAGUGCUGCUUAUUAUGUAUUACUUUGCUUUUGUAGUCCCUCCACAUCGUUACUCAUCCAGUAUGCUUAAAGGUGCUCUCCCCUCUGGCAAGCACAACUAUGACAGUCAGCUUGGAAGUUAGAAGUCUUUCAAAACUCGCCUUUUUUCCCUCCCUCUCCCCGUGUCUGCCGCCUCUUUUCUCUGCCUCUCUUGGUGUCCCCACGUCUAUCUCUUCCUUUCUCGCUCUAGUCCUCAGAGAGCACCUGACUGACGUGUUGUUCAAGGAUGAAAAGCACAGUGGAGGGGAAUCCAAAAGCAAACAACACAAAAAUAUACAUGAGAGGACGGGAAAGACACUGUUAAACACACACGCACGCACACACACGAGCAUGCGCACACAGAAGUCUAAGAGGAACCCCUUAGGAUUAUCACCAGCGCGACACUGGACACUUCAGGGAAGACAGCAUCUGCUCACUUCCAUAUUUAAUACUGCAAAAAAAGAAGAACAUUGUGUUCUCGAGAAACUUUUCAUUUUCACUUUGUGUGAAUGCAGAACCAAAUACAGUCAUGCGAACAGGUUUAAUCCUCCCCAGACUUCACGUUUCCGCUGUCCAGGUGGCUAUAGAAAGUUCCCAAGUGCCCCGAGGCAUUCACACUGUGACUAAAAGCCAUUUUGCACAGGAAAUUUUGACAGACAUGGGGGCCUUUGACUUUCAAAGAACUGCUUUUACAUCCAUCUUUUCCACCAAGUUAUGUAAGGUUUCCUUGGUGCUCUCUCCCUCUCUGUGAGUGUGUGUGUGUAUAAAAAAUAAUCAUCCAGGACACUGGUGUAUGUGCAGGGGCAGUAAAGUUUAGCAAACACACAUGCAGGAGGCUGAAGUAUCCGUGCGCACACGCUCUGCUGCUUCUCGAUGGGCAGUCGGACUGCUGCAGGACUCAAAACAAGCGAGGGAGCGCUGCAGGAGGCAGUAGACAAGGUUACAAGGAGACCAUAUGCUCUGACUGCCUGUACGAUGGUGACAAAAAGGCCUCCUGUUUAAAAAAGGACAACGUUCCCUUUUUGUUUUUGUCCUUCAAUCACUCAGACACAUAUUCAGCGGAUUAAUAUAAUGGGGAGAAUAAAGGCAACCGCGCUCGAGAGGCUGUCCAGCGAGCCUGAAAUGGACAGCAACUGUGACAGCUGCUUAUUCUGCAUUGACUUUAAAUGAGCGAUGAUUGUGUGUUUGGCUGCCAUGUUAUUUAUGGACCUCACAAAGUGGGUGGUUGAUUGGAGGAAAGCUGAGACCUUGAAGAGGCCUGAAUUCAAGGUCUUUAACACACACAGAAACCCACUCAGAGAGUUUAUUGGAAUGAAUGUGCAAUAGUAAACUGCUCUGCACUUCAUCACUGUCUAGUGCAAACUUCAUGUAACAUGAAACCCCAGAAAUGUCAUGCUCGUUUUCAUAGGUUUAAAUCAUCGCACAAUAAACUGUGAAAUAUUAUCUGCGGUCAUCUGAGCCCGAGUGGCGCUGACGAAUUCAUUUGGUGAACCAGUCCCAGCACCUACCAGCCACAUCACCUCCUCAACUGCUCGUUAAUAAGUUAAUAACAUGGUGCGUUUAGACAUGUAGACACGGUCAAGAAUUUAGUGUUUUAAGCGACUGGUUGUUGGUGCCAGACUGAGUAUUUCAGAAACUGUUGAUCUGCUGGGAUUUUCCUGCACAACCAUCUGUAGAGUUCACAGAGUGCGAUCUGAGAAAGAGAAAAUUUCCAGUGAGCGGCAGUUCUCUGGGUGAAGAUGCCUUGUUGAUGUCAGAGGUCAAAAGAGACUGGUCAGACUGAUUCGAGCUGAUAGGAUGGCUAAAAACAACACUUGUUACAGCCAAGUUAUGCAGAGAAGCAGCUCUGAAUGCAGCAGGAAACUGAGGCUACAGUUCGUACAUGACAGAACAAGACGAGUCUCCGUUUCCACUGCAAUCCUUGGAUUUGGGUGGGAAAAAUUUGGUGUAAACAACAUGAAAGCAUGGAUCCAUCCUGCCUUGUAUCAGCGGUUCAGGCUGCCAGAGGUGGUGUAAUAGUGUUGGGGAUACUUUCUUGGCACACUUUGGGCCACUUGGUAUCAAGCAGAAAACUAGCAGAGUAUUAUUGUUGUCCAGCCCUUCAUGAUCGCAGCGUACCCAUCUUCUGAUGGGCGCUUCCAGCAGGAUGAUGCGAUAGUGAAUUUCAUGGCGCUCGAAUGUCCUCCACAGCUACCAGAUCUCAGUCGAACAGAGCAGGGAUGUCAAAGUCAUUUCACUCAUCCAGGGGCACAUAAAGCCCACUCUAAUCUCAAGUGGGCUGGACGAGUGAAACUCCACUUUCUGUCAGUGUAAAGAUGGUCAACUACACAUUCAAUCACUGAGAUGUGUUAAUAUAAGAUAAAGAAGUGCAAUUUCAACAGCACGUGUCAGUUUUUCUACAUGAGAAAUGUGUAUAAUUACAGAAAAAAGUUCUUUCAUUUGCCCUGUCCUGACUGUAUUAAUAAAACAUAAAGUUUUAAAUGAACUGCUUUGGUGUAGUAUGAACGGCUGUGGGAAAAGCUGUAAAACACAUAAAAAUACAGUUAAAGGUCCAAAAAUGUAUGCUCCCCUUCAUAUUUUCCAAAGCCACCCAGGGGGCCAGAUUGGAGUCUUUUCUGGGACGAUUGUGGCCCCCGGGCCUUUUGUGUGACACCCAAUAGAGCAAUAUAGCACCUUUGGGAUGUGGUGAAUGCAGAGCCUACAACUCUGCAGCAACCUUUGCUUUGAAGAGUUAAGGCACCUCCGAAGGCAAAAGAGGGUCCAACGUACCUAAACUGGCUGGUGAGUGUUUGUCUCCGUGCUUCUGAUCAAUCUUUACAGCACUUUAAAUUACUUGUUGUUCACAAAUAAAGCUGACUGAUUAACCAUUUGUGUCACAGUGAAAUCCAGUGCAAUAAAAAUGCAAUCUCCAGCUGUUAAGCGGAGCAGGACUUGGUUGCGUGCAGCAGGAUGUCGUGAGCAGUAAGAAGCUGUAAGGUCAAUAACGGCGGCUCUAUCGCUCGCACGCUUUAUUGUUUUGUUUUUUUUUAUCCCGGCUAAUGGCCGUCAGAGGCUGACAGCCGUCUGUCGACAUGCAGGCAGGAAUCUUCUUAGCCUGCAGAUUACGCCGAGCCCGCGACUCUAUUUUCACUCCCAUCAUGUACCUGUAUAGUAAAAUAUGUCAGCGAAUGAAGUCAUGUUUCAGCAGGGCACUACCGGAGGAGUAUAUUGCAAUGCUGACUAACAGAAUGACAGAUGCUUUGAGUGUUUCACUGUUGAGUGACAGCAGACUUGUCAGGGCUUUUGUGUGGCUCUGCUGCCAUCUUUUCAUUUUGGCUGCUGCCAGUGAGGGAGGGACGCAUCUAUGCAGCCACAGCUGAGUGAAAAGGCACCUAGGAGGCAUUUUUCUGAGCUUGUCAGACACAAGAAAUCUAAUCCAGACAGCCAAGAACUGGAAUGUAAAUGAGAAACCCGAAAAUAGCAGCUGUCUCUGCGUAAUUGGAACAAAUGGAAGUUGGAUGUGUGGUAGAAAAUAAAAACAAGAAAACAACUGGGAUGUAACGUGACACUAUUUGCUGACAGUUACAAUAAGCUGGGGAGAGCCGAGCCACAGGCAGGCUGUUGUUUGUAGCCAGGCAGCUUAUAGUUUCUGUCAAACCGCUGCUGAUCUCAGAUCUUGAAGGUCGCAAUUAUGUGCCCCCCCUACCCCCCCGCCUCCUACUAUUCCUGCUUCAUCCCUUUCUGCUGUUAUCCUCCUCUUUUCCUUUAAACCCCCUCUGGUGUCCUAAGCAGCAUUUAAUUGUGAAGGGCUGAGCCGAGGAAGGAGUAAUCAGAUGAGAACGGAGGCAGGGGGAAUCACGUGGGCACACAUUCACUAAAGGGGGAUUAAUAACACUGGCGUCUUGAUUGAACUUCGGCUGCUCUCCCUGGCAAAUUGGAGGUGGGGCAAGGGGAGAAAAAUAGUGACACGGAGAGAGGAGGGAAAGAGACGAGAGUUGUAAAGACGAGGACGAUCGGAGGUUCUCAGAUGAGAGCAGCAGGGAGAGGAGACACAGAUGAGGAGAGAAGAGGGAAACAGAGAAAGGGAGUUAGAGCAGUGAGAGGGAGUGGGAGGAAGAAAGAGCGAGGAGAGGAGGCAGUGCAGCGCAGUGCGGGGGGGAGAGAGACAGGAAGGGAGAGAGAGAGAGAUGUAGAGACAGGAAGCCUCCACUGCCACUGAGCCAGUGAGAUGCAGGCAGGCAGAGAGAGACGACAGAGGGAGAGAGAGGCCCUCGGCAUCUCCACGGCUGGCCCAGCGAGGGGGCGAGGGGCUCAAGAGCACUACAGCGGAGAGAAGAGUGGGAGGGGAAGCUGAAACUGAGGGAAAAGAAGAAGGGCGAUACAAUCAGAAGCAGGCUUCGCCAGGAAAAAGGGGAGUGGGGUGAGUGGGACUAGAGCCGAGGAGGGAAAAAGCAGAUAAAAGUUUUGGAGACGGAGUAAGAGAGGGGAGAGGGAAGGGGGGACGAGACUGAACAUCAGAGCGGAUAAAGCCCGUUAAUGGCAAAGGUAGGAGGAGAUUCGUGGAAGAAGAGGAGGAAGCUCUCGGUGUCUCAGGAGUCCUCCCGUUCCCCUUUUACUUCGUCUUCAUUCUGCCAGGCUGCCGGACAUCAUCCAUCACCAUGUUCUCUGACAGCAGGGCUCCGGCGCCUGGAGAGCAGAAAGGCUUCAAGUCCCACACCCCUCACUUCAUCCCGUGGCUGCGCAAUAGCUUGAAGCCUCACCAGAGCAGCGACCUGGGGCUCAACGGACCGUACAAAUCCAACUCAGAGACCCGAAACAACCUGACCCCGCUGGAGAGAGCCAAAGGGAUCGGCUUUUUCUCCAUCCAGGGGAAGGACCGCGGAAAAAAGGCUGAACUUCGGUGCAAUGGGGUGGGGAAGGCGAGGAUGCUGCCAGUUGCGCUGAGGGGGCACCACAUCCUGCCAGGGAGCCUGGGGAAGCAGAGGGAGGACAGUCCUGCCAGGUGGAACCGGACUAAAGAGCUUGGCACAGACCGCAACGCACAGACCAGCCCAGGGGAGGGGCCGCAGGGACCAGCCAACAGCUCCUCUGCUGCUCAGGGCAACCACACCUUUGUUAGGAAGCACAGCAGCCACCUGAGCCCCCAUCAGUCGCAGAGUGACAGCAGUAGCAACUCAGUGAAGAAAUACGGGCCACUGCUUGGACCUCCUGCUGCUCCUGUUGCUGCGCUGCUCUCUGAGGAGCCAAACUUUAACGUGCCUGUUGUUAUGUGUAUGGAGGGCAAAGAGGGGAAGGUGUGGGACUACACCAGCCACACCACCCACCGUCAGAGAGGCCACCGUUCAUCCAGCUGGCUGAACUAUGACACUCAGGGACUAAUAGAGAGGCAGCAUGGAUUCAGCUCCAACUUCAGCUACACCAGUAAACACAGCAGGAGCUCCCAGAGCCAACGAGACCUGACAGCGCUGCGGGAGCCACCUGUGGAGGAUCUAAACGGAGUUAUCUUCUCCACUGAGGUUCCUCACAGGGGGCUCAGCAGUACGACAACUCUACAAGGCCCCGAGAAACCCAGACCGAGCUCAGAGCACACCGCUUUCCUGGCUCAGAACCAGACGUGGGCCCAGCACAGACCAAAGAGCGAAGGGGAGUCACAGAGGAAAGAGGCCGGCUGCAGGAGGAAGGUGGUGCGAAACCAAAUUAAACGGGUGGUGGUCAACCUGGAGCAGGUUCUCAAAGCCCUGAGGGAUGUUCAUCAGGAAAUGAAAGAGGUGGUGCAGCAGAUUGACCAUCUAACAUCAACCAUUGAUCUGAAUGACGAGGAGGAGGAGGAGGAGGAGGAGGGAACUGGAAGAGAAAGCACCAAACCUCCCAGCGACAGCAGCUACAGUUCAGGCUCGAGCUCCAGUGAAACAACUGUGGGCUUCACACAUCAGAGGCUGUCAGAGCCUGCAAACCAGCCAGAAACUGGGUAUUUAUCUGGCACCCUGAGGGGAGAGCAUCAUAGCAGGAGCCAGUCUCCACCCAAUGUGCAGCUGCGCCCGCUAACCUCUGGACUUUUAUCGGAGAGGAGUCGGACUCUUCACCUCACCGGUAGUGUUGGGGCCUCACCCAAACACGGUGGGAAGCUGCCAUACCCCAGUAACCUCACGACCCACGACCACACUCGCUCCCCCCAAAGAAGCCUCCCUGCUCGGCCUCCAACUCCUGGUCUUUCCCCUCUAACGGUAAACUUCCAUCUCCCCAGUAGCUCUGGUUCUCAGCCUCACUCCCCUGGGGCUACCUCCUCCAUCAGGAUCAGCCCCAUCUCACCUCCCUCUCCCCUGUCUUCAAAGGCUAACCCACCCCCUGCUCUUAGCCCGUCUGUCAUCAUCCAGACCAAAGUGGGGUCUUAUCAGACCACACAAAGCGAUCUCCCAUCUGCUGGGCCGCUCUCUCCAUCGUCCAACCUGCUGCCGUCUGCCAGCUGCCCACCCACCGACUCAGAGACUGGAACCGGGUUUGCCGCUAACACGGAGAGGCAAGCAUCCUCAGCGGGACCGUCACACGUAUGCGCCGCAGCACAAGGCCACAGAGGUCGCAAGCCUCCACCUUACCCACAUCACAGACUCUCUGAAAACACAAAGAAAGUGAAGGAGCCCCGCAAAGCUCCUCCUUACCCUGAGAAAAGAAGGCUGCUCUCGACCACAGUGUGAGACAAUGCAGCAGGAGAGGGGGGCUGAUCGAAUGGAGCCAUAUUCACAGCACCAGCCACAAGUCUGCAAGAGUGGAGAGUGAUUUAAGGCUUGCCAAGCUGAGCUGAGACCAAGUUUCCAAGGUGACAAGGCGCAGACGCAACUUGGGGAUCUGGAGGUGAUUAUUUCCAGACGACGCAUCGACAUCAGCGGUGACAACGAGGAAAAGGGGAAACGCUCCUGCUAAGCAUUUCCUCAGUUCCUUAGGAUCACCUCCGGACGGACGGGGGAAACCGAUCCCGGGCCAAACAAGGCAGAGAGAUAACAGGGCACGGAGCUGAGCGGGAGGAGGAAACAUGCGCUCGCACUAAUGACAGAAAGUGUCAGGACUGUCCUUGCUGUGGGAAGGAGGCGUGUCGAGGUGCGCUCCACUUCACAGACGACCACAUCAGACAGGCAGACCGCGCAAAGUGGCUGAGCUCAGACCGGGCGCGGACAUUAACCUUCCACGAGACAUUAAAGUGCACAGACUCGAUUCCGAGUGUGACGUCAAGAAGAAAUAAAGUUUUUGUGCUACUUUGACUCACUCGACUUGUGUUAGUUUGUCAAGGGCACAUUAUGGGUUUGUUGUAUACAAGUGGAGGGAAGAUGAUAUGUCCAACCCACCCGUGUCUAGCUUAUGGUCGGGUACACUCUGCUACUCGGGUGACAAAUCCUCGAGCUACAAAAUCCCGCAGCUGCAACUUUAUCGACUUUGUGUCUGGGGGCACGCCUUAUGUAACGGGCGCCAUCGUUGUAGUAAAGCAACAUAUUAUGCAUUCGCUUUUCAUUGAUUUCUAAGUAGAGGGACCCAGUGCCGCCCCUUUUUGCAGAAGGCUCGUGUGCCAACAUUUAAAGUUGAGCAGUUAAUCAAACAUAUUUGAUAGGUGAUAAAUCACAGAACACUGCAAAACAUUAUCUGCUUCCAGCUUUUCAAAUGUGAGAACUGGCAGCUUUGCUGUAUUUUAUAAUCACUGAAAAAUUAACCGUGAAAUGCUUCGGACAGCCAUUCGAUCACACCGAGAACUUGAAGACGUACUCUUGGGCUGCGAGAUGGAAGUUUUUAAAAUACUUUUCAGAUAUUAUGAACUAAAUGAAUAUUAAAAUGGUAAGCUGCUGCUUCUUUCUCUUUGAGUCCGAUUAGACAAAAGUCUGAAGGCAGCUCAUCCUGUUCACAAAUCAUUAAAUGUCAGACUUACAAUAAUCCUCGUUCGUGCGGAGACGUGGCACGCACUGACAUUUACAUAUCCAGGAACGAGGCGCAAGCGUCAUUAUCAAACUGUUUAAUUAAAUACAGCUCUGAGAUUUUUUCUCUAUUUGUCGCACGAGACUAGAUAAAAGUGCAUAUGGCGACAGCUGUGACGAUCUUACAGCCCCUACGUGCUGGAGAAAAAGCAUAUAAGAAGCUGCUGCACACAAACGUCUGCCUCAGAUUUGGUCCCAGAGGCUGAUGAAUGUGUUGCUGGUAUAAAGGUGGAUGUUUUAUUAUUUGCAGGCUAUGCAGAAAUGCUCAUCAACAGAGUUUCGCCUUGUUUUUCCUGACAACUGUGCUGAUGAAGCUUUAAUCUCUGCACCGAAGGGGCGCCUGGAACAGCGAGGCAAUGCAAAGCAGAAAGUUUUUGUUUGUCCUGUCAAACCAACCGCAGAACUGUGAGGCGUUAUGAUGUGUUGCACCGACAGUAUCGCAACUACGCUGCACAGGUUGUGGUGCAGUUUGACUACCAACAGGCAAACUUCAGUGCAAGGAAGAAAGACCUGCACUGAACCGCUGGCUUUAAGCGUGACUCAUCUUGAAUUUGAAAAAGAAACCAGAUGAAUCCAAGCUGAAUGAGCUUACAGUGCUUUCAUGUGAUGUCAGGAAAAUGAAUCCCUGACUGGAGAUAUUCACGUGUCUGAGAAACCUCUGGCGCUUUAGACAGAAACACAGCGAACAUGACGGCAGAAACUCUCGGUGCAAAUUCAUGAUUGGCAGGAGAUUUGGUGCAGCGUCUGCAUUACUGCGGAUGGUGCCUGGGCUCCGGCUCGGAGAGGGGAUGAGGAGCUUGGUCAUUUGCGAGGAGCUCAGAAUCAAGCUGACAUCGUAAGGAGCCAGCUGAGGUGGCUCGGCCAUUUGAUUAGGACGCCUCCUAGGUGAAGUGUUUUGGGCAUGUCCAUCAGUGAGGAUAGCCCUCUAAUAUGCUGUUAGGCUGUAACCAUUAGUUACCAUCUAUGCAGGCUGGGCUAGAUUAGUGAAAGAGGUUAUUUAUUAGUAGUAAUUCUGACAGAAAGUCAGUGGAGCGCUGUUCUGGAAUCAGCUAACAAAGUGUUGUUCUGCUUUGGGCCAUGAGAGGAUGGACGCGAGACUCCUUGUGGACAUCCUUCAAUAGUUUGCAUCUUCAAGGACCAGCCCGAAAAACAGUGAACCAACCACACACCUGCAGGCGAACUCCAGCCAGCUUUUUAAAGAAUCAUGUGGAAUGAAUAUUUAUCGGCAGUGUCCACAGCAAGUAUGAUCCUGGUUUUAAAAGCAUCACUGAAGCACAGCCCUCCUCUGGAAAUGGGAUCAGCCCACUGACAGUAAUAAAUAACAAACUCAGCAGCACAAAGAAACAAAACCCAGCAAUCACAGUUUUUCAGCUUUGUCCAUGUUGAGCACUGGGAUAAUUUGACAACUCAAAAACAAAUGAAUGAACACAGGCCCACUAAAAGCUCAGCUAACAGUUUCUUUGUACUUACAUACGCG